AUGAAUUAUCGGAGAGUUACUUUCCUUGAACUAAAAUUAACCAACGCUGAUAAAUUUAAUAGAAUUAUUCACAGCCCACCAUUUAUAAAAGAAACAUUAUACGACCAAUAUUGGCACUUAACGAUCAGACCGGAUUGUGAAUCAACCUGCUUUGUAUUUAUUGAACCCUUAGAAGAUGGUAGGAAAAAUAUUUUCGAUAGUGCAGACUUUUUCAAAAAACUUGGAACAGUUUUUCACAUUUUUGUAAAAAACUCGGAAGGAAAGGAUAUCAAACCUAUCCAAAACUUCAGUGCCCUUUUUCAAAAGUUCAAAAAAUCCUCUCUUCGUGGUACCAUUAUAAUCACGGUUGAAAUGACUUGCGAAUAUCAAAUGGAUCAUAAAUUUGAAAUGAACCGCGAUUCCCAAAAAAGAAAUGAAUUCGUUGAAUGUCAUUCGACGAGUCGUGAUUCUAUAAUUAAUAACAAAUACGUUGAACAUGAAUAUUAUGAAUACGAUGAAAAUGAAUACGAAGAAUACGAUGAAAAUGAGUAUGAAGAAUAUGAAGAAAACGACGAGGAAUAUGAAAUGAUAUAUAAAAAUGAAAUGAACCAUAAAAACGAAAUGAAAUAUAAAAGUGAAAUGGAUUGCAAAAGUGAAAUAGAUUAUAAAAUUGAAAUGAAUGAUAAAAAUGAAAUGAAAAACAUACUCGAAUAUAUUGAACCACUUUCAAAAGACAUUACAAUUACCCAACAAUUAUCAAAUCCGGAAAGGGUGGAUGCAAUUCUAGGACCCAUAUUAGAUGUCAAGUUCAAUGUUAAAGGUCAUUCUCUAUUUGUGAAUAGUAAAGUCCUUUCAAAAAUUUCACCAUAUUGGAAAAAAUGUUUUGAUAAUCAACAAUCUAACAAAGAUUCCGAACGUCAUUAUAAUUGUUAUGAAGAAUAUAAUAUAGAAGAUUUUGAAUAUAAUUCAGUUUUACAUAUGAUUCAAGUUGCGUAUACAAAUGAUUCAUCAAUCGGAGUUCAACCUGAAAAGAAAUCAGAUACAUGGGAUUUAAUUAUUUUGGCGGAUAAAUAUCAAAUUCGAGGUUUAAGAAGUUUGGAACCAAAAGGAUUACUCAAUGAUAUAGAUAUUGAAAAUUCUGCGGAAUUAUACUUUGGAUAUUCUUGGAGGUUGCCUUCUCUAAAAAAUAAAUUAGAGAAAUUUAUUGUUGCUAAUUUUCAAAAAAUCAUUAAAACGGAAGCUUACAAUAAUAUAUUAAAAAAUCAUGAAAAAUAUCCAAAAUUCUUAGAUAUGUAUGGAGAAAUUUUAGUAGCACUAUACAGAUAA